AUGAUGGAUACCCAGAAGACUACAAAUGGUUUGCAAGUGAUUGGAGAAGGGACUGGUAUAGGGAAAUCGACACUCCCCAUGGUGGGGUAUUUGGGAAAAAACUGUAAUCCUGUGGAAACAACUGCACAUGAGUAUUGUCCAGUCUGCAAAGAGAAGGGCCAGAUCCAGGUUUUACGAACUUACCGCAUUAAUUUUGAAGAGUCUAUUUUUCUUUGUGAAAAUCCUCAGUGUAUCUACCCACUUGGUUAUAAACCAUUAAACAGCAUAAUUACAUCUGCUGGUUCAGAAAACCAUCAAGUUCCAUCUACUCAUAAGAAAAGGAAAUUCUGUGAUAUCAGUGACUCUUCUUCUGUUGAAUCACAUCCAAAAAAAGCAAGAACUAGUGAUGUGGUAAAUGUUGAUCAUGCUGUUAAUACAGACCCUGUUGUCAAAUGCUAUCAGAAUAGCUUGUGUCUUCCGAAGUCAAGUCUACAUGAUGUGUUACAAAAUGACCAGGAAAAACCUAGUAACAAAGUGGAGUCCUGCAUGCAGAAGGUGGACUUUGAAACAACUGCCAACACCAACAACUGUCAAGAAAGUCCACCUAAGACAUCUAGUCCCAGAACACAACUCUUGCCAAAUUCUGAACUUUGCUCAACAGCAUCUGAAGUUUUGCUCAGAGAUGAUAAAGUUUCCACUAAUAACACAGAUUUAUGUCUUCAGUGGAGAAAUGUGCAUAAUCUUUGUUGGUUAGAUUGUAUUUUGUCAGCACUGGUACACUUAGAAACAUUAAAAUUUGCUCUAGCAGAAGAAUAUAAUGAUGGAAAAUGCUUACUGUGGAAACUCUUAAAGAAAUAUAAUCAAGCAACUGCGCUUCUGAGUACCUGUAAAAGGAGUAAAGUAAAAGAUGUUCUUCCAAAAGCAGAAUCUCAUCUCAAUGAAAUCAGAAACAGAAUGUUUACACAGCUUCAGCCUCAGCUUAGAUGUGACUGGGGUAAAGAGGAGAGUCCAGUGUUUGCACUCCCUUUACUCUUAAAACUGGAUCAACAAGCAGAGAAACUAUUCUUGCAUUCAUUCGUAUGGAAGUUUGAAUGUGUAUGUUGUGGCAACAAAUACCAGGACCGGUGUAGGAAAACACUAACAACAUUCACAAAUAUAAUCCCUGAUUGGCAUCCACUUAAUGCUAUUCAUGUUGGGCCGUGUAAUAGCUGUAGUGAUACAUCUCAAAGACGACAGAUGAUUUUGGAAAAAGUAUCCUCAGUAUUAGCGUUACAUUUUGUAGAAGGCUUGCCACAUAACAACCUGAAGAGCUAUUCAUUUCAGUUUGAAGACGACACCUACCAAAUAACAUCUAUUGUUCAGUAUCAGACAGAUAAGAAGCACUUCAUAACCUGGUCUUUGAAUCAUGAUGGAACUUGGCUUGAAUGUGAUGAUUUAAAGGGGCCAUACUGCAAGAGGCACAAAGGAUUUGAAGUUCCUCCUUCAGAGAUUCAUAUUGUUAUCUGGGAAAAGAAAAUGUCCCAUGUGCCAGAAGAACUGAAUUCAUGGUUCCAGAAUAAAAAUGUUGAAGAUUUUCCUCUUAAUAAUGUACAGUCAAAUUCCACAGUGUUGCACUCUGGGUUUGAUAACGCUGUAGACAAAAUACCUGCAGACCAUCUCAAAGAGGAUUCUGUGAGAACUCCAGAUAAGAAACAGCAGCAAGUAGCUGAAGAUGAAAGUAUUGUUCAUCACGGUUUAGAAAACAUGGCACCUGAUGAUCUUGUAACACUGAUGCUUGAAGAAAUUCAAGUUGACUCAGAAGGUAAAUUGCUGCCGAAUGGACAGAUGGUGGGAAAUAACCUUGUUCUUGAAAUGGGCACACUGCAACAGCAGGAGUCAGCUUUUUCACCUAACACUCCAUCUACAGGAGAAUUUGCUGGAGCUAGUCUAACUAUGAACAAUAAAUGCAUGUUAUAUGAGAAUUCCAGCAUUUGCUUACCCGUAGAAGAGUUGAACCCAGCAACUAUUACUCCUCCCGUGCCCAAAAAACAUGACCCUGACCCAUCUGACUCAUCACUUGCUCAAAGAACAGAUGACAGAACUAAUUUACCUAACAGAGAACAUGGAUUAAAUUCAGAACUGCAGCUAAACAAGAAGUUGUCACAGGUAGAGAGUAUUACACAAAAAUCACCUGACUUGAAAGAUGCAAGGAAAACUGUAGUUAAUUCUCAGGUUGCCAAUUCUUCUGCUGCCAGUAAUUCCUUUCAGCAGCCUUCACGCAAAGACCAGAAAAGAGGAUUUGUAGGAAGCUGGGUAAAGAAAUUAUUAAGCAAGAAUACUUCUUUUAUGCCUUCAAGUGCCUCAGCUCUCAAGAAUGAGAGAAGUUCCAAAACUCCCUCCAUGCAAAAAAUAAGUGAAGUGAGGUUGCCAGUUAAAGGAGCAAGUAACUUUGGUGGAUUUCAAAGCAGAGGUAUGAACGAAACAACUGGGACCCCAAAGUCAGUGGUUCCUCAGAGUAGUAAUACUCAUCCUUUAUCAAAUUUCAAAGGAUUUCCUCAAAGCAGGCAUACCACUAUUGCAGGUCCAACUUUGAAUAAGUCAGGAAGUACGUUGGGUACCUUGGGUAAAGUGACUCAGUUCCAUUCACCUCACUAUAACUCCGGGAAGGCAGAAGAGUCAGACAGUGACAAAACAAAAAAACUUCGCUUAAAACUGCUAAAAAAACUUAAUGCUAAAAAGAAGAAGUUGGCUUCAUUGGAUAGGCUAGCAGUGGAACAAAUGAAACAUGAAAAACCUGUGAGUGGAGAUGUAAGCACCCCGUCACAGGGUGAAUCUCACAGUGACAGUGAAUUAUUGCAGAGCUUUUUAAGAGAACUGCAGCAUCAGAUUGAUGUUGCAGAUAAUGAAUCUGAAUUUUGUGCGAACUCUGUGUCUGGGUGCAUCAGCCGUAACAACAGUGAUGAAAUACUGGCGGAAUUACUGUCCCCCACUUCAACUGUUGCUUCCUUAGAGGCUCCAAAAAGUGAAGAUGAAUGUAUGUAUAUGGAGAUGGUGGAUAGCAGUGUUGCAACGACAGUGUCUGAGGAGAAGACCGCUGUGCCACAGGCAGCAAUGACAAGUGAGGAGCACAAUUAUUACAGUCCUGUGAAGGACAGUAAUUCGGAACUUCAUACAAUAAGCAAACCCAAUGUGAAAAAACUUGGUUUUGAAAGUCCUACAAGGGAAGAUAUCCUUGAAGACCUGUUCUCCAUUUCAGCACCAAGCUCAAUGGCAGGUGACAUAGAUUUACCUCAUUUUGAUGAAACUCUGUUUGAAACUUGGUAAAUAUUCGGUUUAUUUGUUUUAAAUAUUUUUCAAUAUUAUGUAUAUUUUGAAACAAAGCACUAUUAAAUUAUAUUUUCUAACUAGUUUAAUUGCACACUGGCUGUACUUGAACAAUUUACCUUUGAGGUAUUUUUUUUCUUAAAAUUUUAUUGUAGC